GUCCAGAUAAUUUCAGCGCCAAGAGCCUUGCCCUCCAAGCCCAGAAGAAGAUCUUGAGCAAAAUGGCCACCAGGACAGUGGUCAACAUGCUGAUCGACGACACCAGCAGCGAGAUCUUUGACGAGUUAUACAAAGUGACCAUCGAGCACCUGAAGAACAAGAAAGAAGCCCACAAGAUCAUGAAGGACUUGAUCAAAAUCGCGGUCAAGAUCGGGAUCCUGUACCGGAACAACCAGUUCAACGCGGAGGAACUGGAGAUCGUCGAGAAGUUCCGCAAGAAGCUCAACCAAGCCGCCAUGACCAUCGUCAGCUUUUACGAGGUGGAAUACACCUUCGACAAGCAAGUUCUGUCAGAACUGCUCCAUGAGUGCAAAGAGCUGGUCCACGAACUGGUAGAACGGCACCUGACGGCCAGGUCUCACGCCCGGAUCAACCACGUCUUCAACCAUUUUGCCGAUCUGGAAUUCCUCACCACCCUGUAUGGCCUCGACAGCGAAUGCCGGCCUCACCUCAAAAAAAUCUGUGACGGCAUCAACAAACUCCUUGACGAGAAAGUCCUCUGAAACUUGCCUCAGAGCCCAAAGGGCGUCGUCGCCGGGAGACGCAAGGAGAAGGUUGGGACCCGGGCCGGAGAGCCGGCUUCCCGGACGUGCAACAGAACCUCCGGAUCCCCCACCGCUUGCUGCCCCUAAAGAAAACAAAACGCUUCACGGCGGUGCCCGAAAAA